GAGGGCGCCAUACUCAUUCAGAUAAUAAUCAUAGUAGUUUUCGUGCUUCUUUAUUCUCACACAGCAUGACCAAAUAAUAAUUCUACGUUACGAAGAAAACAUGAGAUUUUAUUUAGGAUUUCUUUAUAUCACUAGCAAUUAUACAGGCCUAAUACACAUUUUCAUGAUUUCAUGAAUAAUUUGUUCUGCAAAUUGUUGAACUAAGAAAUGCAAGGGAAAUUGACAAGGAAAAUAUACAUUUAGAGUACAUUAUAGAAAAAUUACGUUUCAAUUAUAUUUCAUAAGUGCAUCUUUACAAAUAUUGCAGAUUUAAUCCAAACAUUCAUCCUCAAAAUCGGGGCAGCGGUUGGAAGAUGGAUAAUUACUCACAGGCACAUUAAAACAUAUUAAAAAAACACACACACAGGUUUGUAAUUAUAUCUUUGUGAGGACUCUCCAUUCAUUUCUGAGAGAGAGGGGGAGAGAGAGAGAGAGAGAGAGAGAGUUCAUCGAGCAAUCCUUUGAAGACAUAAAAUGUGAAUGGCAGGUUUUUUCUCUGUAAAUCUAUCGAAAUUAUAAGUUCAUAACCAAUUCGUGACAUUAGCUGCGUUUAUGCUGUAUGCGCGGCUAUGUACUUCAUAAUGUACUCCAGAGAGAUCCGACCGCAGGAACGUAGGGGGUGGCCAUCGGUAAAAUAGGACUAAUUAAAAGCGUAACCUGAUUGGAUGGCGAAAUCGCCGUAGAGAUCUGGGUACGGAGCGAAAGACGCGCCGGUGCUGGGCGUCCGCGCACGUUUGCAGUCGCACAGACGUCGUUAUCAUUUGGGGACUCUGAUUAUGGGUCUACAAAACCUGGUCCUGGUGGAUUAUGCUUUGGAACACAAGCUUUAGGUGAGAAAGGAGGUCAUUCUUUGGCAAAACCCUAAGUGCUAUGUGAAAGGAAAUGUCUUUGCCAAAUGUAAUUGUGGAUGAAGCUUCCAGAGACUCUCAAUCAGAAGUUAAGACUUCAGGACACGGGGACUAUGACUCCGCGCAGCUAGGAGCAUCACAGGAAAGUGGCGAUGGGCCGGUUACUGGCGAUCGGCCGACCGGAGAGAGCAGCCGCAGGCUGUGUACGAUGGAGAGUAGCGCGGGGGAGCAGAGCCUAGACGAUGACAGCGACGGCAGGUAUGAUAUGACGCCCAUGAUGGAUAAAAGGAUGUCCGCGUCCAGCAUUAAAACCGAGCCGGGUAAAAAAAUCAAGGAGCAUAAGGUCCUGAGGCUGAAUAUCAACGCUCGGGAGCGGAGGAGGAUGCACGACCUGAACGAGGCACUGGACGAGCUGCGCUCCGUCAUCCCCUACGCGCACAGCCCGUCCGUCCGCAAACUCUCUAAAAUCGCCACUUUACUGCUGGCCAAAAAUUACAUAUUGAUGCAGGCGCAGGCGCUGGAAGAAAUGAGACAACUGGUGGCAUAUUUCAGCCAAGGACAAACUCUUUCCUCGGUGCAUCUGUCUGCUGUUGUCACACCGGCUCCAGGUGCCCGUGAAGCUUUUCCCGUGCCCGCCGGCGCCGCCACGUCCUCCUGCCCCGACAAAUUUGUUUUGUUCAACAGAGUCCCGUUUAGCUUCUAUAUGCAGGGCAAGUCUUAAAUAAUACAGCAUCACUUCGUAAAAGCAGCAAAUCCUGCUACAACAUUAAUUUAAAACGGGUUUAGCGGUAAAAGGUGCGGGAAACACCUUUAAUCAUUAAUGUAAUAUUUUGAAAACUGUUUUGAAGUAUAAAUGUGAAUAUUAAAGUCGUAUAAAUCGCUUUUCAGUCUUCGCGGUUAUUUAUUUGGUUUACUGGAGAAACGUGAUCGAUAUGGUAAAGAACGUCGUCUAUUUAAUUUGACGAGAAACGAUGUAAAUUUUAACUUUAUUCGUGUAAACCAGCGUUUCCCAGCCCGCUUCUCGGGGAUUCACAGAUAGUCCACAUUUUUGCUAACGUGACGUUUUGACUACAUUGUCUGAACAAAGCUGUGAUAUGUUCAUUAUUAGACAUUAUGUCAUAGUGUGGUUGCAUUGAGCUGUUUGUACAAUGUUGGUGUGUUGAAAAGCCUUAAUAAAAUAUUUUGAAUACAAUUCAUUGUGUUUCUAAUCUAUCAGCGGUACUAUGGGUCCACUGUAUACCGUAAUAAAUAUUCAGUGGACAUCAUUCGCCAAGGUCAGAGCCUACACCAUACAACAAAAUCAAUUAACAGUGAAAUUGGUAACAUUUGUUUCAAGCGACAAUACCAGAUAUAAUAGAUAUAAAUAUAUUUUCUUAUUACUUAAAAUUAAAGUAAAACAGGUUAAAGAAAAAUUGCAAACCAAUUAACCAAAUAUGAUAUCUAUGUCUGCUGAACCACAGCACUUAUAAGUCACCGGAUUGUUGGUUUACAUGUCUGACAGCUGUUUGUCUUUUUACAAAUCUAACUUUCUCUCGGAGUGACUCGUACACCAAGCAAGUCGAGCACAAAGUGUCUCUUUAGACCUGAUCUGUUGAUCCAUCUACAACGCUUUCACAGAACAUUAUUUUGAAUAAAAAUAGCUAUUUUCUCCAGCUGUGUUUCAAUCAUUAGAAACAACCUGUGUAACAUUUAAUUUCUAUUUUUCUUCAGUAAACUGCAACAUCAUUUUCCAUUAUAAAAUACAUUUAGAUUAACCAGAGGUGGAAACUUCAGGUCCAGAAAGUAUAAAUCCAGACCGUGAUUUAGUUUCAACCAACCAGUUGAGCAUAAAG